GUCAAAAGGAAGAGAUAACAUAAGAACAACAAAAGGAGAAUAAUUGUUGGCAGUGUUGUAAUAUUUGACUGUAAAAGACCGGAAUGUCUGAGGAUAUUUAUAAUAAUGUGAUCAGGGCUGAGUCUCUGGGAAUGGAGUUGAUGGUGGAUAUCUAUGAGCUUGCAGAUUCUGUGAUAGAUCAUGACUUCAGGACAGAGACAGACUUCAAUAUAAACACACACCAACAACUUCAGUAUCCAGGUGAAUGUGUGUGGAACAGAAGCUCCAGAGCAGCUACAGUGUGUUUGGGGCUGCUGUGUGUUCUUCUGCUGGGUGCAGUCAUAGUGAUGUGUGUCCAACUCAAUGCAAACAUUCACCAGAGUCACAUCAAGAGCAAAAACUACACAGAAGAGAGAGACAAGUUACUAACCAAAAAUACCAACCUCACAGAAGAAAGAGUACAGUUACUAAUUUGGUAUGCCAAUCUCACUGAUGUCUUGACAAAAGAGAGGGAUGGACUAUUAACAAAAUAUGACAACUUAGCAAUCCAAUAUGAACAGUUACAACAAAGGAAAAAUGAACAGUGGAAUCAUGAAAUGGAUGGAUGGAUUUACUAUCAGCUCAGUUUUUACUAUCUUUCAUCUGAGCUUAAGAGCUGGAAUGAGAGCAGAAGAUACUGCACAGAGAGAGGAGCAGAUCUGGUGAUCAUAAACAACAGAGAGGAACAAGAUUUUGUUAGGAAAAUAUCUAAAGGUGAAAGUGUCUGGAUUGGUCUGUCUGACAGUGAUGAAGAGGGCACAUGGAAAUGGGUCGAUAGUAUCAAACUGACCUCUGGAUUCUGGAGUGCUGGCGAGCCCAAUGAUCACAAGGGCAAUGAAGACUGUGUUAUUACAGGAUCAUGGCUUUUUUCAUCAGGGUGGGCUGAUUAUCCAUGUAAUAAUGCUUUUAAAUGGGCCUGUGAGAAGAGCAUUUUAAAAUAGUCAAUACAUCAAAAAUGUGUUUAGUCAGAAAAGUAUGGAAAUGUAUAAAAGUUAUUUUCUCAUAUUCUAACUAAUACUAGGUGGUCUGCAAUGAAGUCCUAAGAAAAGAAUAGCAAAUAAUAAGAAUAAAAUACUAAACAAUAUAUAUAUAUAUAAACUUUUUGCAUUUUAUUUUGUUUACACAAUAAAUAUGCUUUAUAGUAAAUACAUGCCAUUUGUUUAGUUAACAUGCUUUUGAGUGUCUGUAUGUGAUGCUGUUCAUCAAUGUGAUAUGAAGGAAGUAAAAUGUUGUCAGUUCUUCAUGUAGUAGUUUACAAUGUAAAGUGUUUAUAAAAUAAUAUCAAAGAGCCAUACUGGUGGUUCAUCAAGAAAAUGUUUAACACUACUGUCAUUUUAAAUAUCUUGGUCUGAUAAUCAUCUAAAAACAGAGAAAGGCC